CUCUUCCCUGCCAUCUACAUUCCUGUCUUCGUGCUGGGCUUGCUGGAAAACGGGGCCGCCCUCUACCUGCUGACCUGUCGGGUCUCGCACCCCCCGCGCUCCUACGUCUACCUGCUCAACCUGGCCGUGGUGGACACCUUGUUCGUCUGCAUCCUGCCGUUCAAGAUCCACUACCACCUUCACCACAACAACUGGGUCUUCGGGGACGUGGCCUGCCGCAUCACGGGCUGCAUGUACUUCCUCAACAUCUACCUCAGCGUGGCCUUCUUCACCUCCAUCUGCGUCGACCGCUACCUGGCCGUCCUGCACCCCUUGGCGUACAUCAGGAUCAAGAGCGCCCACUACACCCUGAUCGCCGUUCUCCUCUGGGUGGCCGGGCUGAGCAUCGCCGGCUCGCUGAUCCUGGGAGGGCCCCUCGACGCCAACGUCAGCAGUGCCCAGGUCUGCUUCGAGAGCUUUGGGGAAGCCUCCUGGAAGGGACGCAUGCUGCCUUAUAACGUCUGCGUGUUGGUUUUCGGGUUUCUGAUCCCCUUUGUGGUGAUCUUGAUCAGCUACCCUCUGAUCGCCCGGCGAAUUUCGCACAUCGCCGAGAGCGCUUUCAAAAGGAAGGCCCUGAACACCAUCUACCUCAUCCUCUUCAUCUGCGUGUCCUGCUUCCUUCCCUUCCACCUCACCCACCUCCUCCACCUCCUGAUGCGAGUCGGCCUCAUCCAGAACUGCCACUUGGCCACCUCCAUCUACCAGCUCCGCCGGAUCACCUUAGCCCUGGUUAGCUUCAACUGCUGCCUGAACCCUGUCUUGUAUUACCACACCUUGGCCAGCAAGCGGUGCCCCUGGAAGCUCCGGUGGCAAAAACGAGCCUCCAAAGUCUACACCGUCAACGGUGACCGCCCCAACCAGAGAGCGGCGUUAAGGAGCGGGCGAUGGGGCAGCCCGGCUGCCAGUGACGCGGUGCUGAUGAUGCCCCCGAGAAAGUUGGCUGGCCUUUCAGGGGCCGCCGUUUGGCAAAAGGUUUAA